CAAACGAAGCUGUCAGUGCGGAACGAUUGAAGUCCUAAAAAUGCGCACUUAAACUAUUGUUUUCUCCUUUUGUCCUCCGAAAUACUUUAGAGUCAUUCAGCAAAAAAGGUGUGAGCCCCUUACAUGUUUUUAGGUGUUUAUAAGUGAGGUUCUGGUUGAUUCGAGCGCGUUAAGGUUCGGUUCCGUGUUUUUUUGCGGCGCCUCUGAAAUGAAUUCCUAUCACGUCUUGGAGCUGGCCGGAGAGGGUUCGUUCGGCCGGGUUCACAAGGGUAGGAAAAAGGGCAGCGGCCAGGUGGUGGCUCUGAAGUUCAUGCCCAAAGUGGGUCGAACCGACAAGGAGCUGCGAAGCCUCAAGAGGGAAAUCGAGAUAAUGAGGAAUUUAAAACAUCCAAAUAUCGUCCAGCUCUUUGACAGUUUUGAAACAGACACUGAGGUUGUGGUUGUAACAGAGUAUGCAGAGGGUCAACUCUUUCAGGUCCUAGAAGACGAUGGAAAUUUGCCCGAAAGUUUGGUCCGUGAGAUCGCCUGCCAGCUGGUCUCAGCUCUGUAUUAUCUACACUCCCAUCGUAUUCUUCAUCGGGACAUGAAACCACAAAAUAUUCUGCUGGGAAAAAGUGGAGUGGUGAAACUGUGUGACUUUGGUUUUGCCAGAGCCAUGAGCGCCUCCACCCUGGUGCUGACGUCCAUCAAAGGAACGCCGCUGUACAUGUCUCCUGAGCUGGUGGAGGAGAAGCCGUACGACCACACUGCAGAUCUGUGGUCUUUGGGCUGCAUUCUCUACGAACUCCACACAGGGGCGCCACCCUUCUACACUAACUCCAUCUUCCACCUGGUGCAGCUGAUCGUGAAGGACCAGGUCAAAUGGCCUGACACAAUGAGUGAUGCCUGCAUGAGUUUUCUGAAAGGUUUACUCACCAAAGACCCAGAGAAAAGGCUGUCAUGGCCAGACCUCCUGCACCAUCCCUUUGUUGCUGACGGAGUCUUAGCAGUGCUGUCGGACACCGACGCGUUCAGCCCUUUGACUGUCACUCCCAGCCCGGAUGUGCUCGCUCGGAAACAGAAGCAAGUGGCAGAAAAGUCUGCGGCGGGAUCUGGAGAGAGCAGAUUACUGCGGAAGGUCAGAGAGCAGAUGGAGAACAAGAAGAAGCCCACAGGCAGCGACAGCACCAAAAUUAAAAAGGAUGAGAAUAGGAAAACCAGCACUUCUGCAACCUCCUCUAAGGAGAUUUCUGCACUUCGAGAUGCUUCACCCCAAGCCACCAAAUCUAAAAGGCUUCUUUUGUAUAGCAGAGGUCAGAUCAGCAGAGACUACGAGCAGGAGUUCCCCGGUAUGGAGGUGGGGCCACGUCUGCUGCGAAGGAACAGUGAAAUCUGUCAAAGCUCUCUGCACAGACUGCAUAAAGACAGUACGGACUACUGGGAGAUUCUGCUCCAACAAUCAGAUCCAAGCACACAGCAGAGAGAGCCACUGAAGUACAAUGAAAUCAUACCUCAAAUUAAAUCAAGAAUCGAGGCCUUCAAAGCUCAGUUAACAGCUGGUUCAGUAAAGGAAUUGCAACAGAUUCAACUUCCACUGAAGGUCCUGCGUAAUCUGAUACUGAUGUCUGACCUGGAGAAGUCCGACCGCAUCGGCACUGAACUUCAGCUACCGCACCUCCUCUUUGAUCUGAUUCACAAAUGUGUAGACGACUCAGAUUUCAUCAAGCAACGAUCAAGUGUGCCAAUCUUUGGAGAAUUGAUGGCGUUACUUUUGGUCUACUGGGAAAAACACCAAAACUGGAUGGAGGAAGAAGAAUCAAGACUGGAGGAGUUCAUCAAGCCUUUCAGCACCAUACUUGCUCAUUCAGACCUCCUCGCUCUGGCACCUCUGGCUGCUUCUGUUUUGUCUCUUUUCACCCAACACGUUGAUGUUCCAGUUGAUGUGAAAACUGUGACCUCCUCGCUUAAAACUCUUCUCUCUAACUCAUUUAAGCCCCACAUUCCUCUUCCUUGUGGUUGGGGUCUUUGUGAUGGCCUCCUCUGUUUGCUCCUGCACGCGCUUUUUGAACAUGAAAAACCCCACACAUCUAUUUUCUUGAGUUCUGACGUGUUUGUGGAUCUAUGGAAAACCUUAGGAAACUCUUUAGGAAGUGGAAAAGCAAUGAUCAAAAUAUGUUCAGCAAAUGGGCUUCAGUCCUUUCUGUCUCUUGCUCUGUAUGUCUUCACCUUGGAUCCAUACUCCUGCGUUCCUCUGUUCAUUCAGAAUGAAUCAAAAUGCGUGCACACGCUUGGCCGUCUGCUGGGUCCUGACAGUUUAGAUCUGUUUACCAAAGACCCCCCUGGGAGAAGUGAGAAGGAGCUCAGCUGCAACAGCCUAACCACACUUAGCUGCCAUUUACUGUGUUUUCCAUUCGCCCUGGACCUCCCCCCACUCUCCAUGUCCUCGGUGCUGCAGGUGUAUGACAGCUGUGGGAUCACUUCAAGCCUCCUGCAGGUGGUUCAAACGCUCCCUCUAACACUCCUGGAGCUGCCGCUGUCCCUGCUUAGCCGUUUGCUUAUUUGUGAUCCCGAGCGCUCCCUUCCUCACCUCAGAGACUCCUCUUCAGGCCUUUUUUCACCCCCUCGGGAGAUGCAGUCUGCUUCCUGUGGACGGCAGACUGCUCUAACCAGAACUCCCACAUCUCUCCUCUCUGAGCUGCUGCAGGUGGAUGGACUGUGGGAUGCUGCCGUUGAGCUUCUCACAGUUUUAUCCCAAAUCGCCCGAUUUUCCCCGAGAUUUUCCGUCCCUCUGCUACACGUGGAAGUCUCUGUGCUGGAGCAGGGCUUGACUCACCCAUAUGAUCAGAUCAGGGUUGCCACAUGCAGAUUUUUGGGACAUUUAGAUCCAUUUGUGUCUCUUGUGACAGAUACGCUACCACCUGAUCUUUUCAGAGUCAUGAUAGACUGCCUCCGUGAUCCCUACAUGCCCGUCAGGCGAUCGGCUUGCAGGGCAGUGGGGAACUGGCUGGGUCACAUCGCAGAAAGAACGGCGUUGAAAACCUGCACAUUUUCUGCCGUUGACACCACAGGGAGGGGUAAAAUUAAGGAUCAAAGUCAACUAUGUUACCAGGCAGUAGGGGGUGAUACAACAAUGACUGAUGAGACAGACGAAGACGUGGGGAGGGGAUGGACAGAGGAAGCAAAGAGGUCAGUGACCUCGCUGGCUGGUCUGCUCAGCGACUCCGAUGCCGUCACACGUCGACAUUGUUGUGUGGCUCUGGGAAACCUGGUUAAAACUGACGGGGCAGCAUCCCUGCUGGUGGAGGAGGACGUUCCAGCUUUACUCCUGAGAGCCGCGUGCGCAGAUUCCCAUCAUGCCGUGAAACAAGCCGCCAUUUCCACGCUAAGCUUGUACAGGCAGCAGGACGCCAUGCAGCAGGUCCUGGCGUCCCUCGAUGCGAGUAAGAAACUUCUGCAGGCUUUACACGACGCCUCUCUUCAUAAUGACCACAAAGCGGAUGUAGCACCAGCUCUCCAAAAACGGACAUAACUUCACAGUCACUUCAUUCUGAGGAGUGUGAGAAGUGUUUUGGUGAAACUCGACGACGACGCACAUCGGAUGAGUUUUUGUAGUUUGGGGCUGAACUGUAGGCGACUAAAGUUUUUAAGACAUUUCUUCAGAAAUGAUCAGCUGUAAAACUUUCUGAAACCUGGUCUUGCUCAAAUAAACAUUGCACUCUUCUUUUUUGUCUUUUCCGUGCACUGUGGUGCAAAAAAACAAACAUCCACCAACAAUUAAGAGCAAUCUUUUGAAAAUGUGUCCCCUGCUUUUUCUCGCCUUCUCGUCUCCAAAAGUCAAAUCUGCUUAGUAAUGAGAUAAAUGUUUUUAAAAGUGAGUUUCGUUUUAUUAGUCACGAACAAGCCAGGAGCUAGCCUUCUCCCCAAGAAAAACACAUCUACAGAAAGCAUUGCAUCUUAUUUCAUCACCGUCAUCACCAUCAUCUUCGUCGGGAGUGAGGGGGUGAAAAGGCUAGGCGAAUGAGUGCAGAGAGGAGCAAAAAGAACAGGGGCGUUAGCAGCAAAAACAUACUUGGAGUCAAUUUCCCAACUUGAUUGUACAAAAGUGUUUUAAAACCCGCUUGUGAAUAACUCCAGUUGGAGUUUUGAAGGAGCAAACUGCAGCACAGAGCUCCACUUUGACCGUUAUUUCUUUUGGAUGAAUUAAAGCUCGCUGGAAAGAAAAAUAAAACAAAAGAUCUGAAUAAAAGUGACGAGGUCUGAUGUAAAGUGAGGUCUGAGGCUUGGCAAAAAGCAUUUCUUCAGGACACUUGCUUCUUAGAUCACUUUCAUCUUGAUGCUUUUCUUUAAAAAAAAGAAUAAAAAGCCAGAGGCUGAAACAGAACGAGAACAAGCAAAACUGGAUUCUUCAUGCUGAAACCAGAAAGGUUAUUUCGAAGUCAUUUGUUUAAUCAUUCAUGUGUGAAAAGCGUUCAUCAAAAGCUGGAAACUUGAGGCCUCAAAGGCAAAAGAAAAGACUGAGGGACAUUACAAAACGACUUCAGAGAUCAUCUAUUGUUCCGUUUUCAGUCACUUCUUCCUUUUUAUAGAACGGCUUCACAAUCAUCAUUCAAUAGUCUAUGAUCAAUUAGAUUAGACAAUUCACACAACAGCAAACAAACACAAAUUCUACUUUUGCAGAUGUUUUAGAGACAUAUUUAUUCUUGAUUUAAUUGAUGUUUUUAAGGUGCAAUUUGACCUUAAAAUAUCAAAGACUUUUAUUUUUUCCUGAUGAGAUAAAAGAACAGGAAGAUGUUGCGGCAAAUUACAAUUAAAAUAAGCAUUGUCGCAAUUCUGGUUCCCAGUAAAGAAUUUUUUUUUUUUUUCAUUUCUUUAGUGUUUCCAGAAAUGCAUACAAGCAUUGUCACUUUAGAACACUAGAAACUAAACUGGAUGGAAAACUGUCAGUUAAUUUGAUCAUUUACAUUCCAGGAUGUGCUCAACAAAAGACAUAAAGACAAACACUUGUGGGAAACCAGACUACUUGACUUUAGUUGUGCAUUUUUUUUUUUUUAGUAGAACGUCUGAUUUUACCAAAAAACGUUAAUUCUAUGAACUAAAAAGGUUAAACUCCUCACCGAU